AUUUUCCCCCACGCUCAUUUUACACUGCCUCGCCCUCCCUACUCUUACCUCGAUAGUCACGGCAAGCGGUAGAUUGCCCACCCGCUCGCGUCAUUCGCGGUAGUGCCUGUGCGGGCGGCCCUUGUUUCCUCCGUCGCUUAUGCGCGGACGUAGUUGUUAUGGAGGGUGGUACUUUAGAGGUGAAGGAGGCAGGCGCGUUGGCUGCGGAGGCCGCGCCGCGCGCAGAGGAGAUUAAGGACGUUAAGGACCGGCGGUGGGAUCGUAGCGCGAUUCGCGGCAUGUGGGAGUUCGCUUCGAUACUGGACUUUCUCAGAAUUUUCCGGGAGCCGCUACAGCUGACCAUCGACGCUACAGCCGAAGACGUCGAAACGGCCCUCCUAACCCCGGAGCCGUCUCCGCUUCUUAAAGACAUCCACAUUACCCUCCUUAAGGGCAUACAGCCGCUCAACCGCCCCCCAGCAGACCACCGCACGUGGGCGACCCUUGUGUGCCGGCGUGUGCACAACACUUGGCCGCAGGUCGCCCCAGGGAUUUGCCCUCUCUAUUCCUGUCAGGGGGCUGAGGCGGAGCUCUAUGCGUCUCUCCCUCCGCCUGACCGCGUGCGCAUCUUGAAAGCGCUCUGCGAGAUGCGCCUGGAUCAAGAGGACACGCGUGUGCUGAUAGACGCGGCAAUGAAGAGGAACGUUGAGGAGGUUCGCAUGGAGCCGUUUGGAACAGACGCCAGCAGCCAUGUGUUCUGGUUCUGCAAUGAUGCAGUAUUGGGCCAUCGUCUCUUUAAAGAGGGUCCUCCCGUUUGUAUCACACAAGAGGAGGCUGACGCUGCCGCUGCCGCUGCUGCUGCCGCUGCUGGUGCUGCUGCUGAAGCUGCAGCAGCUGCUGCUGCUGCUGCCGUUGCUUCUGGUGGUGUUGGUGACGCAUCCGCUGCUGAUGCUGCUGCUGCUGUGGCCGAAACUGCUAGUGCUACCGAUGCUGCUGAUGCUAAUGCUUCUCCUGCAGUAGUGGUUGCAAUGGCGGUUGUGGGAGAGGUAGCAGAGGCAGAGAUAGAGAGAGGGACAGGGACAGAGGCAGAGGCAGAGACGGCGGCAGAGGCAGCAGUUGCAAAAUAUGCUGCCAAGCCUGCUGUUGCUGUGACUGCUGCUGCUAUUGAAGCUGAAGCUUCUCACGCGGCUGAUACCAGAGCUUCUGCUGCUGCUGCUGCUGAACGUGCUGAAGCUGCUGUCAAAGCUGCCGAGACAGCUGCUGUUGCAACUGAAGCACCUGAAGCAACCGGGGCUGUUGCACCAGUAGCAGCAUCCCAACCAGGUGACCCCAGAUCUGCACCUGCCGCCAACUCUGCCGCUGCAGCUGCUGCUGUUGUUGAUACACCAGCAAAAGCCUCCACACCUGAUCCUUUGGCCGGCUUCUCCACCAAUGGCAGCAUUCCACCUGGCAAAGUCGGGGACUCUGAGCCGUCCAUUGGGCCAAAACCAGCGUCUGAGCCCUUAGCACCUGAUGCAACACCUGAGCCUGUAGCACCUGAAACAGCACCUGAGCCUGUAGCACCUGAAACAGCACCUGAGCCUGUAGCACCUGAUAUGGCACCUGCUACGGCACCUGAUACAGUGCCUGAUAUGGCACCUUCUACGGCACCUGAGUCUAACCGGGAGGCUUCAGCUGCUGUAGAGCAGGAGAAUGGGGUUAAAAAGGCGGAGCGAGGGAUGGCAGAAAAUGAGAAGGGGGGUGAAGGAGAGAACCUUGAGUCGGCUCAAAGAUCUCCUGCGGCUGAGUCUAAAGGGGGGGGUUCAGCUGGUGCACAUGAUGAGGCGAAGGGGGUUCAAAAGGAGGAGAGGCGGAUGGUAGAAAGUGCGAAGGGGGGUGAAGGAGUAGGGAAUGGAGUUGAAGAGAAGAGAGGGGAGGAGAGAGGGGAGGAGAGAGGGGAGGAGAGAGGGGAGGAGAGAGGGGAGGAGAACGGGAUUGAAACUACAAGGCUGGCUCGAACCCAAAGUGAUGCGUAUACCGGGAUCGCUGUUGUGAUUGGGGCAAAGGCGUGCCAGGACCAAGCGGACAGUGUUACAACGGACAGUGUUACAGGGAUCAGUGUGGUAACCAGAUUGGACACGUUUCAGGCAGGGAAGGGCACAAAGAGCCUGGAUGGUAGGAUAUCCCCGAUUGGGGUUGAUUCGAGUCGAAACUCACUAGGUGAAAAAGAAGGAGAAGGGGAAGGCGAAGGAGUGGGAAGAAUUGGCGGGAAAGAGAGAGAAUACCGGAGUGGAAUUGACGCAAUUGUUCGAGGCGGGAAGGUGAUGGUUGGGGUGAAAGCGGAAGAAGGGGAAGAAAAGGGGGGGGGGAACGAGGAUAAGGCGCCUGUUGGGAGGGUGCUAGUAGCGAAGGAAAACGAGAGGGUUUAUGUGAGGAGAAGUGCCAGGAAGGGGAAAGAGGAGGAGCAGGAGGAGGAGGAGGUGAAUGACGAGGGAGAGGAGGGGGGGGAGGGGAAAGAGGGGGUGAAAGGGGGGAAAGGGAAGGAGAAGGUGGGGGGAGUGAAGAAUGAAGGCAGGACACGUAGCGGGAAGAGUUUGGCCCAAGCUAGGGUUGCGGGACGGAGAAAUGGAGGAGAGGUGAAGGGUAGAGGAGGAGAGAUGAAAAUGACUGGAGGAGCGAAGAAGGAAGAGGUGGGGUUGUUGGACGAGGCUAAAGCAGAAGGGGAAGACGGGAAAGACGGAACAGAAGCAGGGGAGAGAAAGGAAGGGGAAGAGGGAAGGGAGGAGGGGAGACGGAAAAGAGUGGAGGAGGCUGAGGAGAGGGAGGUAAAGGCUGGUGAUGGGAUGGUUGCAGGCAGUGCUGAUGAAACAACCAAAUGUGAACCUGUGGUGACUGGCACUACUACAGUGACAGCAGCAGCAGCAGCUGGGUCUAGUGAGGCAGAUGCUACUGUGAUAGACUUAACUGAUGCAGACACAAGCACCCCCACCCCUGCCAAGGCAAAGGGGACUCAUGAACACCCUGGGAAAGGGGACUCAAGUCCCCCCACCCCCGCUCAGCCCGCUCCCACCCGCCAUGGCAUGAGCAUGAGAACGAGAUCGGGCGGUCUGCGCCCCCCUCCUCCCGCCGCCAAGCCCACUCCCAAGGCGGCCAGCAAGAAGGGCAAGGGGGCCAAGGCCAAGGGUGGUGCAUCGGCUACCGCUGCUGCUGCUGCUGCUGCUGCUGCUGCAGAAAAGAAGCGGAAGGCUAAGCCGGUGUAUCUGCCGCCGUCGUGUGGGGACUUUGUCACGGCUGCUGUUUCACUGGUGGAUUUCACAGCGCUCGUGGAAGAUCUGAGCGCCAGUGUGCAUAACGCGGAUCAGCUUAUAGCGGAUCGCCUGGCAGAGGAGGCUGUUCCUAAAGUGGAGCUGGAGGAGAAGCGGAGGGAGCGGCAUGCCAAGCGGCAGCAGCGGCAAGCAGCGCAACUGGCAGCGCAGCUGGCAGCAACCAUGGCAGCAGCAGGGCAGUAUGCAGGGGGGUACGGCGAGGGGCUGGCUCUGGGCCGGUCACGACGGGAACGAAAGCCCGUCACUUACACAUUCGACGACUUUGACCGCUCUAUCAACGACGCCAUCACGCUUCCUGCCAAAUCCCGUGAGCUUCCGCCCGAACACGCUCCCACUCGGGAGGGACUUCGCCAGCUGGCGGGGCGGCGCGUUUUGUCUGGUAGUGGUGACGCUGCUGCAAGUGAAGCAGGAGGAGGAGAGGGAGGGGGAACGACGGGGGGCGAAGGAGAUGGGGACGGUUUGGGGGCAAGGAGGAAGAGGGGGAAAGUUGGAGAAGACGAGGAUUAUGAGCCGAAUGGGAGUGGUGAUAGUGGGGGUGCUGGUAGUGAGAGUGAUGAUAACGAGAGGCGGUACAGAGAGGGGGAGGAUGGUGGAUUGGGGGAGGACGAAGGGGAGAGAAGAGACAGGAGAGGAGUUGAGGAAGCAGAGGGGAAGGAAGAUCCCAGGGAGCAGAGGCUGAUUAAAAGGCAAGUGGGCAGGAGCGAGAGAGAGGAGAUGGUGAAUGGUGCUUUGGAAGGGAAUUUCAAGGGUAGGAAGCGACGGAAGGGAGGUUAUAAGGAUGAAUACAGCGAGGGGGAGGAGAAAGGGGAGGACGGAGAGGAAGAUUACAAGGAAGAAGUUGAAGAGAGGGGAAAGGGGGUAGGGACAGACGCGGAGAGGGAAAGGGGAACCGUGCAAGGGGAAGGGUUGAAGGAAAGGAGGAAUGAGGAUACGGAAGCGAAGGAAGGAAUGAGGAAUGGGGUAGCUUAUAAAGGGGAUGCGGAUGAGCUGAAGGAUGCAGCAGAGGGAGUGGUGGCAGGAGAAGGAAGGGAAGUGAGUUUGGGGAGGCGUGCAAGGGUGAGUGCUGGAGAGAGUGCGAGGGCGAGAGUGGGUGACGGAGUGGAGGAGGAGGGAGUGGGCGAGAGAAAGGGGGAGAGGGGGGAAGGGAGGUUGGAUGGCAAAGUGGGGGAGAGAGUGGGGAGCAGAAGAAGGGAGAAGAGAAGGAAGCCGGAAGCUGAAAUGGUGGCAGAGGGGGCGUCUGGCUUGGAGGCAAGGCCUGCAUCUGGCUUGGAGAAACAGGAAAGGGAUGGGGGGAGACGGCUAAGGAGGAAAGGCAGUGGCUUGGUGGUUGGCUCCGAAACGACGCAAGGGGGGGGCGGGGUGAUGGUUAAAGGUUCUGAGGGGACGUUUGGAGAGGGUGGGCUGAGGGCGAGGACUAGGGUGAGGAGAGAGGAUGCUCGUGGGAGAUUGCGGGGAAAGGAAGGGAAGGAAGGGAAGGAAGGGAGGUCUGGACUGGGGCAUGGGAAGGGCGGUGAGAAGGGGAAGGGCGGUGACAAAAGGGAGGGGAAGCGUGAAAGCGUACCUGUACCGAAUGGGAGAGGAGGAGCGGAGCGCAGUCAGCAUGCUCCAAUGUACGAGAUCAAGCCUCUGAGGUUGCUGAGGCACCGACACAAGAAGCGACGCAGCUAUGCGGAUAUUUUGGAGGAAGAGGGGGAGGAGGAGAACCGCGAGGAGGGGGUUGGGGAAGGGGGCAUGGAGGAAGGGGGCGGGCAGGUAAAAGGAGAGGCAGGGCAGGUUAAAGGAAAAGCAGGGCAGGUUGAAACCAUGGGUGACGGGAGGGGUAAGGGAACCGGGGGGUCAAAGAAAGGGAGGGAGGGCAUGUGGAAACUCAAGGUUGUGGAGUGGGAUGCCAAUGGUUUUGAGAGUACUGAAACGGCUGACGGUGCAAGUGCUGGUGGCGGCUUUAGUGCCGGUGGGUUAGGUGGUGGUCCUGCUGCUGGUCAUGGUGCUGUUGCAGCUAGUGCUGGGGAUGCUUGUAAAGAGGAUGCUGGUAACGAGGGUAGCAAUGGUGACGUUGAGGGAGAGGUGGUGUACUAUGAGGAAGAGGAGGAGCGAGCGUUGAGAGUGCAGAAAGAAAGAGAGAAGGCGGGAAGGGAGCAAGAAACGAAGGGAGGCAGGAGAGAGGGAGGGAGGAGAGAGGGAGGGAGAAGAGAGGGAGGGAGGAGAGAGGGAGGGAGGAGAGAGGCGGGAAGGGCCAAAGAGAGGAGAGGAAGGGGAGGGCGAGCAGAGUCGAGGCACGCUGUGGGUGUUGUGGAAGCGGGACGUAGGGUGGGAGAACAAGCAGAGGAUCCUUCCGACGAGGGGGAGGGAGAGGGGAGGGAAGAAGAGGUAAAGGAAGAACAGGAGGAGGAGGAAGAGGAAGAAGAGGAGGAGGACGACGACGAGGAGGAGUAUGUGGUGGGGUUUCAGGGCAAAAGGAGGAGUGGCAAGAAGGGGUCGCAGAAGGGCGGAAGCAGAGGGGCAGAGAGGAGGGUGCGGAAGGGAGGGGAGACGCUUGGGCAGGGGGUGCAAAUGGUAGGGAAGAGCAGGGGGGGGGAGAGGAGGAGAGCAGGAGUAGAAAAGCACCGGCACGGGGAUGAGAAUGGGGAUUGGGAACUAAGCGAAGGGGCGUCACCAAUGCUUGCUUCUCCCCCUGGUUCUGACUCGAGAAGAAGAAGAGGCAGGCUUGGUGACUCUGCUGCUGGUUCUGCUGCUGCUGCUGCUGCUGCUGCUUCACCCAUCCCUGCUGCGUCUGCUGCUGCCUUUGCGUCUGCUGCUGCUGCGGCGGCAGCGUCACCAGAAGAAGACGAAGAAGAAGAGAAGGCAGAAGAAGAUGAAGGGACUCCGACCGGUGUGAGGCGCAGCGGCAGGAAGCGGAGGGAGAGGAACUACAGGGACUUAGUGAAUGCCAAAGACGGGGCGGAUUGGAGUAUGUCUAGUGAGGAGGAGGGGGGGAGGAAGCGAGGUGGAAGUGGAAAACGAAGGCGACUGAUGGUGAAUGGGCGAGGAGCGGACUUGGAAGAGCGGCAAAGAGAGGAGGAAGGGGAGGAGAGCGGAGGGGAGGGGGUGGAGGGAAGGGAGGAAGGUGGAGGAGAGAGUGGGGGGAGUGAAGGACGAGGAGAGGGAGCAGAGGAAUGGAUGUUGGGACGAGAGAAGGGAGCAGAGGAAACAACAGACGGUAGACAAGGGAGAGAGGGGAGGGAGGGAAUAGCAGGCAGUGAGGAGAGAAGGCAGGAGCAAGGGAGCGUCAAGUGGAGUGCAGUGAGGAGGAAGCGAAGCCAUCUUAUGGAGCUGCAGAAGGGCGUGUCAGGUGCUUCACAACAACCCUGACCACCUGGUAUUAGUGGGGCAAGAGGGCAGUGUUGAGGAGAGGGGAGGAGCAAGGGAACGUCAAGUGGAGUGCAGUGAGGAGAGAGUGAAGUGAAGCCACCAUAUGGAGCUUCAGAACUUGACUCAGAAGGGCGUUUCUGGCGCCUCAAUCCCUUGACCUGUUAGAUUCUAGAUCUGACUUGUGAGUCGAUGUGGAAGUCCUCUCCUGGCACCUCAAACCCGUGAAUUAAUAGAUUCUAGAGCUGCUUAGAAUCUAAUAGUUGCAUUGAGCUUUUAGGGUUGCCUCGGAGCAGCAAGGUGAAGCCGGCAUGUGGACUGGGGGUUUAUGAAGGCUCGGCAGGCACCUCAAAGCAGCUUGUUUGCUUGCUCCUUGCAGGGUGAUGGAUAUAGCACGUAUAGAGGUGGUGCGUGUGGGAGUUGCCUGUCACCCACCCACAUUCGUGGAUUCGGGUUAUAUUGAAAGUCCCUGAAGUCCCCCGGUAAGAGAUGUCGCAAGUGAAGUGAGU